GAGUUCGUGCUGCGCAAGCAUCGGCGAGAUAGGAAAAGGCGCCGCGAACGCGACAGGCGCUCACGCGUCCUCCUUCCCCUCUCCCCGCCGCUGCUCCGCGCUAGCUCUCGGAGGCGACAGGGAAAUCAAGGAUGAACAGUCUUCUCUGCCAAUAGCUAUAGAUCAAGCCACAGCUAUCGCGAUCGUUCGGCAGGUCCCUGCUUCUCGUCAGCAUCUGGAUCGAUCGAUCGAUCACACAGACGACGUACACCGAUAGAGAUUGCCCUGGCCGAGCUAGCUAUUGGUACCUUCUCGCCCUCUCCUCUAGUCCUCUACCCCGGCCUCUAGUACUAGAGUAGUACCACUACUCUCCCUCCCUCCCUCCCUCGUUGUUGCUUGCUUCCCUACACUUCUUCCUCCUCUACGUAUAUAAUUAAUCCAGCACCAAGCUAUAUAUACUCGCUUCCUACCAGCCAAAGGUCACACAAGCUCAAGCAACAGCAACAUAAUAGAUAUGUGCAGCUAAUUCUCACUCCUCCAUCUCCUCUAUCUCCCUCUCUUCUCUUUGCUCUUCUCUUUUCCUCUCUCUCCAUGUGCAAAUAUAUAGCUAGCUAGCUGCAUAUAGGUUAGCUUGUGUCUCAGCCAUAUAUAUAUGUCCAGGUACAUACAGAUUACAGUGCAGAUAUAGAGAGGAGGAGGAAGAGAUUAUCUAGCUAGGUAGUCGUAGGCUGCAGCCAUGGGCCUGAGGGACAUCGAGCUGACGCUUCCGCCGGGGUUCCGGUUCUACCCGAGCGACGAGGAGCUGGUGUGCCACUACCUGCACAACAAGGUGGCGAACGCCGGCGGGGCCAUGGUCGAGGUGGAUCUGCACACCCACGAGCCGUGGGAGCUGCCAGACGUUGCGAAGCUGAGCACGAACGAGUGGUACUUCUUCAGCUUCCGCGACCGCAAGUAUGCGACGGGGCUGCGCACCAACCGCGCCACCAAGUCCGGCUACUGGAAGGCCACCGGCAAGGAUCGCGUCAUCCACAACCCCCAGGCCGGCCGCGCCAUCGUCGGCAUGCGCAAGACCCUCGUCUUCUACCGCGGCCGCGCGCCCAACGGCAUCAAGACCAGCUGGGUCAUGCACGAGUUCCGCAUGGAGAACCCCCACACCCCACCCAAGGAGGACUGGGUUCUGUGCAGAGUUUUCUACAAGAAGAAAGUCGACGCGAUGGACUACGCUAUGGACAACGAGCAGGAGCUCGCCAUGGCUCGUGGACCUGCUGCGAACGCCAAGUACUCCUCCUUGUCCCCUGACCCGGGCUACUCGCCUCCGUUCCCCGCCCUCGGCAGCAGCCACUACCAACUGCCGCCAUCGUCCGAUCACCACUCCCUCAACGACUUCUCCGCCAUGGCGCUGCUGCAGCACAAUAGCAUGUACGACUUCCACGCCCAGCCUCUCGACGGCGGCGGCGUCCUUGGGGCAGCUGCGGGGUCAAGAGACGGCAGUGGCGAUCAAUGCGGCGGAGGGGUGCUGGUGGACCUAGGGCUGGAGGAGCACUACAAUUACAACAACGUGAUGCAGAUGUGAUGUCGGUGCUGAAAUCUAGCUGCUCCCUGCAGUGUGUGACAAUAACCACUUUAAUUUGAUUUUAUUUGUUCGUGAUCUUUGUGCAGAAUCCGUUGUGCAUGUAAUGCACGCCCGUGUAGUGCUGUUGCGUUUGGAUUGAUAUCGUUAGGCUGAGAUUGAAGAACUGCUGUUGUGCAUGUACAUACUUAUGGAUCGGUGUCUAUUGUUGGGCAGCUGGAGUUAAUUUGGAACCUUUUUGUUGUUAGUA